AUGUCGGGGGCAGCGAGGACGGCCAUCUGCCUGCUGCGCUGUGACCUGCGCGCCCACGAUAACCAGGUGCUCCACUGGGCUCAGAGCAACGCAGAUUUCAUUAUUCCCCUCUACUGCUUUGACCCGCGGCACUACCUGGGCACCCACUGCUACGGCUUCCCGAAGACAGGGCCCCAUCGGCUCAGGUUUUUGCUGGAAAGCCUGAAGGAUCUAAGGGAAACACUCAAGAAAAAAGGAAGUACACUGGUUGUGAGGAAGGGGAAGCCCGAAGAUGUGGUCCAUGAUCUGAUUACUGUGUUGGGCUCUGUAAGUGCUGUGGCUUUCCAUGAAGAGGCCACGCAGGAGGAGCUGGAUGUGGAGGAAGGGCUGUGCCAGGUGUGUAGUCAGCACGGGGUGAAGAUCCAGACAUUCUGGGCAUCCACGCUGUAUCAUCGGGAUGACCUUCCCUUCAGGCCUAUUGCCAGGUUGCCCGAUGUCUAUACCCAUUUCCGCAAAGCAGUGGAAUCGGAGGCAACGGUCCGGCCAACCCUGUGCAUGGCAGAUCAGCUAAAGCCUCUGGCUCCAGGGGUGGAAGAAGGGUGUAUCCCUACAAUGGAGGAUCUGGGACAGAAAGAUCCUGUGAUGGAUCCACGAACAGCAUUCCCCUGCAGUGGAGGAGAGACCCAGGCUUUAAUGAGACUGCAGUAUUAUUUUUGGGACACGAACCUGGUUGCAUCUUACAAGGAGACUCGGAAUGGCCUGGUGGGAAUGGAUUACUCAACUAAAUUUGCACCAUGGCUGGCGCUGGGCUGCAUUUCACCUCGAUACAUCUAUGAGCAGAUCCAGAAGUAUGAAAAAGAGAGAACGGCAAAUCAGAGCACAUACUGGGUCCUGUUUGAACUGCUGUGGCGGGAUUACUUUCGAUUUGUGGCCUUGAAGUAUGGCAAAAGGAUUUUCUCAUUAAGAGGGCUUCAAAGUAAAGAGGUCCCCUGGAAAAAGGACCUUCAGCUCUUUGACUGUUGGAAAGAGGGCAAAACAGGCGUUCCUUUUGUUGAUGCCAACAUGCGAGAGCUGGCUGCGACGGGCUUCAUGUCUAACAGAGGACGGCAGAACGUCGCCAGCUUUCUCACCAAGGACCUGGGUCUGGACUGGAGGAUGGGGGCAGAAUGGUUCGAAUACCUGCUGGUGGAUUACGAUGUUUGUAGCAAUUAUGGCAACUGGUUAUACAGCGCUGGUAUUGGCAACGACCCACGGGACAACAGGAAGUUUAACAUGAUUAAACAAGGCCUGGAUUACGAUGGCAAUGGGGAUUACGUCCGGCUGUGGGUCCCAGAACUACAGGGCAUAAAGGGAGCAGAUAUCCACACCCCUUGGGCACUGAACAGGGCUGCUCUCUCCCAGGUGGGAGUAACUCUAGGGAAGACCUACCCACAGCCAGUUGUGACAGCCCCAGAGUGGGGCCGACACAUCAACCAGAGGCUCCAGGGAAGAAGUCCCCAUCCCAGGGGCAGGAGGGGACCCGCACACAUGCCAACGCAGCACAAGGACAGAGGGAUAGAUUUUUAUUUCUCUCGCAAGAAAGAUGUAUGA